UCCCCGCGGUGUCCGAGUCCUACCGGCUGCGAUGUGCUACGCGCCCCUGCUUUAGAAAAAAACAGAGGAGGAAAACUUCAGAGAAAUGGCGGAGGUUGCUUCGACUCUCAAAGGCUUGCGAGCCCAGAUGGCUGCAGCUGCACAGGCACAAGCCGAGGAGCGGCGCAGCCUGGCAGGGAACAGUCCAGGACCGACAAACAACGCACCAGCUAAACCUCAGGGGUGUAGGCCAGUCAUUGACGGUGCCGCACUGAGAAUAGACGACCGACUGCGGGUGGCAAAAGAAAGGCGAGAAGAAGCAGACAGACAACAAGCUUUGCGAGAGUCUCAGAUCAUGGAACGGGAGCGUAAGGCCAAGCUGCAAGUGGAGCGUCAGAUGGAGGAGCGUCAGAAAAAGGUUGAGGAACAGCGAAAGAAGGAGGAGCAGAAACGAUUGGCUGUGGAGGAGAAGAGGAAGCAGAAACAGGAAGAGGAAAAGGAGCAUUACGAGGCAGUGAUGCGAAGGACACUGGAGCGUAGUCAACGAGUAGAGCAGAGGCAGAAGAGAUGGUCCUGGGGAGGACUUUCCACAGACUCAGAUGGACGAACAGGAGACUCUGAUGUCAGCGCCUCAUCUCCCGUAACAAUAGUUAUUUCCCCUGCCUCACCAGAAAAGCCACCAAGGAGUCGACAAGUGGACAAACGCUCCACAUCCACCACGAACCUGAAACAGCCGUCUGAGGCUGCAAUCAGCAGACGCCUAUCCUCUUCCUCUGCUACCCUCAUCAAAUCUCCCGACAAAAGUGUUAAGCAGAGGAGUUCGUCUUGUAACCGGUUGCCUAGCAACGGCAAUGCUGCUCAGGCCAGUAAGGAAGACGGCAAAAAGCUUCAGGUGGAACAGACAGGCCGUUCCAUGAAGACGAGAAGUUCCUCCCUUUCUCGAGUAAGUGCGGGCAGAGCACAGACCCCUGCCAGGCCUGAUAAAGGGACAGCGGAUGAUCAAGCUCACAGGCCACCGGCCAGCACUGUGGAUGGAGGGGUCCUUAGUCGCCUGCUCACCCCCACCCAGGCCUCACUAGCUAGGAGCAAGAGCGCCGCCGCCCUGUCAGCUGAAGGAACAAAUGCUCCAGAGUGUAACCUGUGUCCUCGCUCAGCCUCCGCCAGUCCCCUGCACCCACCGCGUGGACCUGUUCGCAGCCGCAGCAUUGACAGACAGAAGAGCGGCAUGACCACGUCUGUGUCUGCAGAUGGAGCCCUGGACCCAUCACUGAAGGACAAGCAGUUAGCAUCGCCUGGAAGGCAACGUCCUCCCUCCCCGUCUUCUACUUCCGUACGCAACCGUUCACCAUCCCCUGCCCCCAUUCCAGCCCCAAAGAGGACCCCCUCCCCAUCAGCAGCUAAACAAAGCCCUAAAGCACGUCCACCUUCACCUGGUGCAAUGAAACAACGCCCCCCAUCCCCCCAGCCUGCAUCUAAACCUCCACCUAUCCAGAAACCAGCUCUCACUCCAACAGGACCCCCUACCCUGCGAAAGAGGGACUCUAAGCCCAAGGAUCUGUGUCCUGUCCAGGGUGUGCCUCUGCAGUCGCCCGACUCCAGCAAGACCAAAGACAAAGAUGCUUCCUCAGGCACAAACUCAGCUGCUGAGGCGGCCAAGAUCCUGGCUGAGAACCGCAGACUGAUGCGAGAGCAGAAGGAGAAAGAGGAGCAGCUCAGGCAACAGCGGGAGGAAGAGGAAAAGUUAAGAAAAGAAGAAGAGGCCCGUUUGGCGGAAGAAGCUCGGCUGAAACGUCUGGAGGAGGAGAAGAAGCUCGCAGAGGAGAGGAAAAUCAAAGAGGAGGAAGAAGCUCGCCUGGCAGAGGAGGACAGGUUGAGACUGGCAGAAGAGGAGGCAGUGAAGCAGGCCGAGCUCCAGAGGGAGCGAGAGGAGGCCGAGGCUAAGGCUCUGGAGGAGGCAGAGAGAGUCCGUCAGGAGAGAGAUCGCAUCAUGCAGCAGAACCAGCAAGAACGAAUGGAGAGGAAGAAGAGGAUUGAAGAGAUAAUGAAGAGAACAAGAAAAGGAGACCAAAGUGACUCAAAGAGAGACUCAGGAGAAGACGAUAAAUGCACACCGGAGGAUGGUGAUGAGGGAAUGGACCAGAUGAAUUCAGAGACCAUGAGCCAGUCAGAUGACAUCCUUAUGAAUGCAGAUACAGAGGAGUGCAGUCUGUCCUCUGGAGAGCCGAGCAAGCAACGAGAGGAGCCCCUGGGCAGUGUGAAUGGAAAACCAGAGACAGACGACAAGGAGAAUAACAACGGCUUUAACACAGAGGAGAAUCAGGCUGGAAGUCCAACCCCAAAGGGCCGCCUCGUCGAGGGCUCUGAGUUCUUGAACGAGCAGGACGCUUCCAAGGUGGUGACUGGUGUCAACGGUAAAUCCAAUCAGUGGAGCUUUGAGGAGCUCAUAGAUCUCAAUGUCCACUCCAAGACUCGGCCCCUCAUGGAGGCAGAGGACUGUAACCAGGUCUUGAUCAACUGUGACAGUAGCUCAGAAGGACCCAGGGUAGCCUUUGAGGAUAAGGGAACCCCGGUGAACACCCUACAUUCCUCUAAUCAACCUUUAGAAGCCAUGUCAGAGAUUUGAUGCUGCAGCCGUCGCUGAGAAGCCUCUUUCUGUUGCACUCGUGAAGUUCCUGUCCAGCUAAGCUCCUUCACAAAGAAAAAAAAUCCUCCACAAGUUCCAAACAGCUUCCUCUUCUUCCCCCCCUUCAAGAAGGAGGUGAAGAAGAAAUGCCACCCCAAGUGCUACAUUUGCACCCUGAAUGAUGAGGAAACAAAAAAGAUAUAUAAAGGUUAUGCUUCAGGGAAAUUCCAUUUAUUCCUUCAGUGUGCUCGCUCCAAGUCUUUCUUUCCCUUGUGUGUUUAGUACUUUUCAAAUAUUUUUUCUAUGUUGUAUCCUAUUUUGAAGAUAUUUUUUAAAAGUUUUGUCUCGUAAGGGGUGCGUUGUUGUAAUUUAUUAAUUUUUGGCUUCUUUACCAUAAUUAUUGUUAUCAUGUUUAGUCUUUGUUGUUUGAAAAUAUUCCAUGACAUGUACAUUAGGCUGUGUGAAUUGAAUAUAUGUUAAUAUUGUGAGCUAAAGGAAGGAGCGUUAAUACAUUCUGUUCAAUCUAAAUUUACUUGACUGGCUGCUUUUUUGCAGCAUCCAGAAAUAUGGCCUUACGAUUUGUUCCAAAAAACUAAUUUCUAAUGUGAAUUGCCUGUGCUGAGGCUGGCAUACGCACAGAUACGCAAUCAUCUGAUAUGUACCUGGAGAUGAAUCCUGUCUGUACACUUUAUUUCACUCCAUAGCGAUGUGAACUUUUAGCCUGAUAUUUCAUAAGUAGCAGACAUCUAGUCUCCCAGCCUUUCUCCCCAUGUUCUCCCUUCAUUGGCCACUAGAGGGCUCUAGAAGCACAACUCCAGCUGUUACAUUAUAAGUUGAUGAUGUUGAUUCAUGACAACACUGUACUGUAAUUCACAUGUUCAGAUAUGGUUUAACAGUUUUGUUCCAUUAGUUUUUUGUUCUUUUUUACAUAUGUACAUAGAAAUAAUGUUUACUAACAUUGUCACAGUUUAAAUUUAGUCAGGUGGUGACAGCCAGCUCAUACCACCAUAACAAGCCUACUUGAUAGAGUUUCCAAGCUGCAUUCAUUACCAAAUUUAACUUGAACGUUAGGCUGUUUUGUCAGAAAAUCCCGAGUUCACAAUUGACCUAAAAAUCCAGUCUCCAAGUAUCAGGAUUUAACAUCCACAAUUCACCUGUCCUGUCUGUAAGGCUCCUUCAUGAAUUACUGUAUUUCAAACUCACCUUUCCAACAGACUAGCUGCUACAUCCGACAGAAUACAUUUCAACUAUUUUUAUAAAUUUGGCUGUUUGUUUAUAUAAGAAAAUACAUGUCUACAUAUAUUUAACUGUUAUUGUAUUGUGUUUAUAAUCAGUAUUAGGCAAACAAAAGCCAUGUUUAGGAUGAAGUUUUUUCGUGACUGUUCUAUAAGGUAGGUUUCACAGCCAGGACACUCAGAAUUCCCAAAGAGCUCUGCAAACUAGAGACCAAGCAGGGGCUCUUCCAAACCCUAUUUCUGACCUCCCAGACACUUGACAAGUAUUGGUAGGGAUGCUGCAGCCCUUACAACACAUCUGUGUUUAUUUGUGCUGAUUUUAAUGUUAAAAAUUAGUUUAACACUAUGUCCGAGACAUAUCAGCUCAGGUCACUACUUUAUUAUUCUAGGAUUGAGCCAGGGCCGGUCAUAAAACAUGGGUCAGACUUUUCCCAUUGAACUUCAGGAUAUGUCGUGUACGUGUGUUGUAAUUCCCUCUGUCUGAACAGUCCACACAUGAGGUUUGGGGACCUUGAAUUUUGCCUUGUUCUCCACAUUUCUAACAAAAACUCUCUUGUGCAUGUAGACCAGGGGCUUUAGAUGUUCGCUUUGAUUAAUAAGUUCAAUGAAUGUAAUGCCAGGCUACAGAAACCGUCCUUUUAGGAACUAGUUUCCCGACAUUAUCACCUAGAAAAUAAGAGACUGCACUGUCAACAAUUACUCGCUGUGUUUGAGGAAUGCUUAUAAAGAGUAGCUUUACUGUACAGACUCGUAGGAGAGUGGUGUGAUGUUCUGAAAGGAAAAGAGGUCUCAAAUAAGUCCCUGAAAGCUUCCCUUGUCCUCUCCCGGCCUGGUAAAUGGGACUGAUGUAGCUGCUGCUUGAACCGAUACUGUAUCUUUCCAGGUCCUGCUGCAUCUUUGAGGGCUUCAGUUCAGACCUGAUCACCCUUGAGGUUGUCUUUACUAAUAGGAUAGAACAGUGCCUUAGAUUGAAAUAUAGUAGUAUUUUUAUCUUAUCACAUUUAACUGAAAAAGCUUGUCCUUACCUCGGCCUCGACAAUCAGUCCACCCAGCCUGGGAGACUUUGUGAAUAUGAAUAUUUUCUCUGGAAGAUUUACUAAACCUAACAAUGCCCUGUCUGCUAAUAAGAUUUGUACUGUACAUAUAUCUAAAAGUGUACUGAGAUGAUAAGAACUGUUAAAAAAUAAAGUCUUGCUUAAAUACUC